CUUUUUGGGCCAUUCCAGGCUGUCCCUUACCCCCUGAUAUUUCUUUAUUAUCAUCGCUAUCAUUGUCAUUAUUCAAUUCCGUUCCAAUCUUGUCCCCUUUCCUUCUUCCUUCCCUUCCUCCUUGUUAAUUCUCUGCUUUCUUUUCUUCUUCAAGAUUCCAUUUCAACCGUCCCUUCCUUUCCCCCUAACACUAUUGACCUGUUAAAAAAUCUACAACCCCCCCCCCCUCCUUUCCUCAUCAGCAUCAGAAACCAAUUCAAUCCUUCCUUCCACCCACUUGCCCAUUCUUCCACCCUCCUUUAUAUAGCCUAUCAAUCGAUUGUUUUUCUCUCUCUGUAUUGCAACAAAAUCAAUCUGAAUUAUUAGCAAAAGAAUAUCUCAAUUUUAAACUCAGAAAUGGCGGAAGAGCACGGGUUUCAGGCUCCGGAAGGCCAUCGAUUGUGUGCGAAUAACUGCGGCUUCUUCGGGAGCCCGGCAACCCAAAAUUUCUGCUCCAAGUGCUACAGUGACUUAUGCCUUAAUAAAGAGGCCGACUCAAAAGCAAAGCCGGUGAUGGAUUCGUUGUUUGCUUUGCCUUCUUCUUCUUCUUCUUCUGCACCAACAUCAGCGUCGCUCAAGCCGGAUAAUUCUGCGGUGGCGGCAGCCGCAGAUACUGAAACCGUGGGCUUGGUACCCCAGGCGGCGGUGCAGCCGGUGGCACAGCCUAAUAGGUGUUCGGUCUGCCGGAGGAAGGUGGGGUUGACGGGAUUUAGGUGUAGAUGCGGGAUAACAUUCUGUGGGACCCAUAGGUACCCGGAGCAACACGGAUGCUCUUUCGAUUUCAAGUCCAUGGGGAGGGAGGCCAUUGCCAAGGCUAAUCCUCUGAUCAAAGCUGAGAAAUUGGAGAAGAUAUAAUCAGAGCCCUUGGAUUCCACGUCUCCGGUGGACCAUAGAUGAGACGAUGGCCGGGAGUGAUUGAAGAAUCGGGUCCACAUCGGGGCAUUCGUCCCACGAGACACGUGUGAAUGUUUAUAUGUGCUGUAUAUCUUUUAUCUUUCUUUCUUUUUUUUUCGGAUUUUUCCCCUCCUCCUACUCGUAGUUGUAGUUUUUUAUUUUCUUUUUCCUUUCGCUUUUUUUUAAAAACUAGUAUAAUUUAUUAUGUGGUCUGGCUUGAUUGUAGAAAAAAAUUUAAUGGUAUGGUGUUAAGAAUUAAAAAUUGGGAAUUUCGAUAUGGUCAGCAGGACUCGCUGA